CUUUCUGGUACCGUGGUCAGCAUCACCACCAGAUCGCUCAAGCAUGGCGAUCCAAAAGAAGCACGCCAAGGCGCGUCUCGACAAAUACUACUAUCUAGCCAAAGAGAAAGGUUAUCGCGCUCGUGCCGCCUUCAAGCUCAUCCAGCUCAACAAAAAAUACUCCUUCCUUCAAAAUGCGCGAUGCCUCAUCGAUCUCUGUGCCGCACCAGGAUCAUGGCUACAGGUUGCAGCGGAGACCAUGCCCGCUAAAAGUCUGAUCAUUGGAGUGGACUUGUCACCUAUCAAGCCAAUCCCCAAAACCAUCACCUUUCAGGGAGAUAUCACCACCGACAAGACCAGGGCGAUAAUUCGUGGACACUUGAAGACCUGGAAAGCCGACUGUGUCAUCCAUGACGGUGCUCCGAAUGUCGGUACAGCCUGGGUACAGGAUGCUUUUACACAAAACGAGCUGGUGCUAUGUUCGUUAAAACUCGCCACCGACUUCCUCGCCCCGAACGGAACGUUCGUCACCAAAGUGUUCCGAAGCAAGGACAGCGCCAAGCUGGAAUGGGUCUUCAAGCAACUAUUCGUCAAGGUCGAGCAGACGAAGCCUCCGUCAAGUAGGAAUGUGUCCGCAGAAACAUUCUAUGUUUGUCGAGGCUACAAAGCGCCCAAAAAUUUAGAUCCUCGAUUCUUGGACUCAAAAUAUGCAUUUGCUGAAGUCGAAGAGGCUGCUCCGAACAAUGAAGCCAAGGUUUUCAACCCUGAGAAGAAGAAGCGUAAGCGUGACGGUUACGAGGAGGGUGAUUGGACACAAUUCCAUGAGGCUCCGGCCAGUGAGUUCAUUCAGACUCAAGAUCCCAUUGCAAUGUUGGGUAGUCUCAACCGGCUGCAUUUCCGACAGGAGACCAAUGGUGACAUCGCGCUCGCUGCUCUGGACAAGUUGCCCGAAACGACAGAAGAAGUGCGCUUGUGCUGCGAAGAUCUGAAAGUGUUGGGCAGAAAGGAAUUCAAAGUUCUGUUGCGGUGGCGACUGAAAGCAAGAGAUAUAUUCGGAUUCAGGCAGAAGAAGAGCAAUGCAAAGUCCGAGGCCGACGGUGACGCGACUGCUCAGACAGACGGCACAGGUGAAGAGGUGGCAGUGCUGGAGCCUAUGGACGAGGAAAUGCGCCUACAGGCAGACAUUCAAGUGCUGAAAGAUAUACAAGACAAGAGCAAGAAAAAGGAGCGGCGGAGAAACAAUGAAAAGAAGCAGAAAGAGAUUGUCCGAAUGCAAAUGGGUAUGACAACACCUAUGGAGAUCGGUAUGGAAGCGUCAGAAGCGAAUGCGGCCACUUUCCGCAUCAAGGAUGUCGAUCGUGAGGACGGAAUUCGACGGCAGCUCACGAAGGGUCGUAUGCACGCGCACAUUGAGUCAGAGCCGGCAAAGGACUUCGACAUGGGUGACGAUGAGGACGAUGAGGAUGAGGCUGCUGAUGGACUAGAAAGGCAAUUAGACGGUCUGUAUGAACAAUAUCAGGAGCGGAGAGAGGCUCGCGAUACCAAAGCACGCGCAAAGCGUGUCCGGAGAGCAGGCAACGGUGGCGAGGAAGAGGAAGACGAAUUUGAAGAUUUUGACGAGCGAGCCAAUGGCAACGAGAUGGAUGCUAGUAGUGAUCAAGAACUUGUUGAAGACGACGAGGACGAAGACAGCGAUGAAAGUGAAGAUGGCAACGAUGCGCCCCUAACAACCGACCUCCGCCCAAAAAAUGAAAAGAUUGGCGGAUUAACCCGUCGCGCGGCCAGUUUCUUUGAGCAAGAUAUAUUCAAAGAUAUCAACGGGCUGGACGAGGACGCAGAUGAGGACAUGGAUGGCGAUCUAGAUGAUGAGGCCGAGCAAGAUGACAGACAUGACAUCGCACGAGAUAGCGGCAUUGAUGUGAACUCAGCAGGAUCAGAUUCUCCGGAGAUCAAGAUUGAUGCCGAUGACAAUGAGGAAGACUACGAAAGCGAUGAUGAAAUAGAACUAGACACAAGCGGCCGGGACCCGUACGACGAGGAUGAAGAUUGGACAGAGGGUACCGCAAAGCCGACCGAAGCAGCUGGUGAGCGCCCUAACAUCAACAUCAUUACUGCUGAGGCCAUGACGCUUGCCCAUGCCCUUGCUACGGGUAAAGUCACGAAGCAAAGCCUUGCGGAUGAUUCCUUCAACAAGUUCUCGUUGCGCGACACCGAUGGACUACCUGAAUGGUUUUUGGACGACGAGGGCAAACACUCGAGACCACACAAGCCCGUCACUGCCGCUGCUGCCGCCGCCAUCAAAGAGAAGCUUCGCGCACUCAACGCGAGACCCAUCAAAAAGGUCCGCGAAGCCAAGGCGAGAAAGAUCAUGCGCACCGCAAGACGACUGGAGAAGCUCAAGAAGAAGAGUGAUGGCGUCAUGGAGGAUGAUGACCGCAGCGAGCGCGACAAGGCUAGUGCUGUCGCUGAGCUCAUGUCGAAGGCAAAGAAGGGUGGCGGCGGCAAGAAGAAACGCCCUAGCGUAAAGGUCGUUCGGGCUGGAGGCGCCAACAAGGGAGCAGGACGACCGAGAGGUGUUAAGGGCAAGUACAAGAUGGUGGACUCUCGACUAAAGAAAGAUGUAAGGGGUCUUAAGCGAGCUGAAAAGAAGGCCGGACGCAAGUUGAGAUGAUCGUAGUCGCAAAGAAUACAAAAUUUCGACCCAAGUCUUCGUUUUCAUUGGGUACCUAGGUACCAGUGAAUCACGGUAUCUUGUAUUUCGUCUCGUCCAAUAUCUGGAAGCUAUCGGCCUUGGGUUCUAAGAACCGCCUGCUUAUUAUAGCGUUUCCAUUGAAAAUAACUUUUGCGCGA